CGCUUUCUCGCAACACUCAAAUGGAGUCCCUGGUAGUGUCUCAUGUGUCCAUCAGUCGUUGAGCUGCUUCCCCACCAUUCAGUUCACCAUGGAGGAGGUCCAUUACCUCGUCUACCAUCACAUCAAGGGCAAUGUCUGCGGUAAACUGGCCAAGAAGUUCCUGAAAGCCGUAGAAACCGAAGUGGACACGGAAAACGAACCUCUCCAAUCGCUAAGCCACAUCAUCAAUUCAUCGGAAAAAUCCAAAAUCGCUCACCCAACCUCAAAAAAACGCAAACUCGAGGCAGAACCUUCGGAAGAUCAGAUUAAACAGGCCAAUAUUGCGGCCAAACUGCUCAAUUAUGACCCGUUGAGUCAGCCCCCCUCUGAAUAUCAGAACGGCUCCAAAGGCCAAUCCUGCUUCAAUUGUAACGAAUCGGGUCAUUUUUCUCGCGAAUGUCCCAAAGUGUCGGACCAAUUGCUUUGCUUUGUCUGCAAAGAGGCUGGUCAUCUUUCCAAGGCUUGUCCCGAUCAGACUUGCUACAAUUGCCAUGAAAAAGGCCAUAUGUCUAGCGGAUGUCCUCAAGCUCAAACACGGCCUUGUUAUAAUUGCAAUGAGACCGGUCAUAUUGCUCGAGAUUGCAGUCAACCACCCUCGGGGCGUCGGGGGCGUGGUCGAGGUGGAAGCGGGGGACGAGGUCGAGGGGGGCGUGGAGGACGUGGACGUCGGCCCGCCCAUCGUGAUUGGGGGACUGGCGCCAACUCCAUGCAGUUGGGGUCCAAGAAGGACGAAUGAGUAAUUUGUAAACGUAUGACUCAAUCUGAAAAUACAAUUGAUGGAGAAUGAUAUUGAAUAAUGAUUUGUGACGUUGAUUGUUUAUCCUGAUAAGAUUGCAUUCCCUGAAGAGGUCAGAUUAUAAGAUUGAGGUCAAGUCAGAUCAUCCUCACUAGCCCUUGGCGAUUCCAGAUAUCUAGAUCAUACCGAGUGAACUUGUACAUUAUGAAGGUCUUCUUGGGACUUCUGGCCUUUGUCGCAUUGGUGGCAGCCGACGACCUGCGUGAGAUUCACGUCCAAACUUCGGAUUGCUCGGAUUGUGGCAUGACUGCUUUGGGUCAACUCUCGGCCAAGGUUUGUGGCAAGGGUCAGGCCACUUCUGCUAGUGGCAUCUGUUGUGUAGCCUUCCACAUGAAGACGGGUCAAAAUGACUAUGAAGAAGGUUCAAUUGACAUCUUUGCCGGACCCUCCGCCCUAGGAGAGUGCUACAACUUCGAUUUGGGAACCUUGGGCAGCGCUAGCGACAUUAGUAUGACUGUUUAUCACAGUGGAUCGGAUGGUGGCAAGUUCGAUUGGAUUCAAGUGUUAACCUCAUCCAAUCAAAUCUAUCGAUGCCAACUUGGAACCUUUUUGGAUGGAACCAGUCUCAUGGAAGCUACCGGAUGUACUCUUCAGAAAUAAGAUGAAUAAAGCGCCAAGCCGAUUUCGUUUCCUCUAA